AUAAAAGGUUCUCAUUCGAGUAACAGAGAAUUACUUAGGAUUAUAUUAAAAUAAUUCCCAACAGAGAAAAAAUGGUGACAAAAAUGUUACUCAGAGGUUUACUUUUGGUGAUCUUAGCUGGAUACGCAAUGGGCGGUUGCAACUCGCAAGCAGAUUGCCCAAGACAUUACUGCUGCGCGAAGAAGGCUUUUGUGGAAGGUGAAUUCAAUUGCGUGCCCAAUCGGAAGAAAAACGAGUUGUGCUUGAAUGGAGGAGAAGACGAAGUGUUGUAUGAUGGGAAGUUCGACAUCACGUGUCCUUGUGACGAAGGGCUGCAAUGCAUUAAGUUCACCUAUCCCGAUGGUCAAGGAGGAUUUGUAUCGAAGGGUGUACCAACAUGUCGCAACUUGACUGAAGACCGUAUAUUAAUGAGACGGAAGGUGCUCCAGAGACAACUUUCUAACUCUAAGGCAGAUGCAGGUGCAAGCUCUUUCGGACAACGACGUAAAUAACAUGUACCUUAUCCUGAUCACACAUACUUCACAAGUGACAGCAGCAUGCCCCUUUAAAACAGUAUUUUUAAAAUUGUACUUGUAAAAUUACCAAUAAAAGUCUGUCUCUGUGAA